GUUCGUUCGUCCGCGCGCGUCUUCCCCACCACCACGACCACAACACCCGCUACACUCACCACAUCCACCAGCUACCACAAUGCCGCCGCGCGCCCCACGAGGCCGCCGCCCUCCCGCGCGAGCCUCACGCGAGCCCUCCGCCCCUCCUACCACCACCCCCGACACCCCCGCCGCCCCAGCUGCCGAGGCAUACACGCCCCUGCAGCGCACGAUCGCGACGAUCUUCUCGCAGGCACAACGUACAACAGCCGGCCACCGGAAGCUGGUGGUGAACCUCCGCAGUUGCCUUGACCAGUGUCUCACCGGCACGGGCACGGUCGGCAGCACGAUCGGCUGUCGCGAUCGCGCGGGAGAGAAGAUGUUUGCGCGCGACUUUUGUAGGUUUUUGAAUAGAGUCUUGGUGGUUAAGAAGAGUGAGGUGGUUGGGGAUAGGUGUUUGAGGCUGGCGGAUCUGUUUGUGGCGAAUUUGAUGGGGGGCGGGGAGAAGAAGAAAGGGGAGGGGAAGGGAGGGAAGGAAGGGAAGGGGGUGGGGGGGAAGGGGAAGGUGAAAGCGCUGAAAGAUGUGGAUGGCGAUGGUGAUGUGGAGAUGGACGCCCCCGAGGAGGUGGUGGAGCAGGAGGAGGAGAUGGAGGAGGAGCCAAAACCGUUCGAAGAGACGUCGGCGACGCGGGUGGUGCUCCGCGUACUGAACCAUAUCGUCACAUUUCUUGGGUCGAAAGAGCGCGGAGUGCGGUACCGUACGGCCCAGUUCCUCGCGCUGGUGCUUUCGAACUCGCUCGCGAACUUUCCCACCGACUACAACAAGGUAUCGCGCAGGAUCUUUAAGCAAGUCCAUGCGGGACUUACCCAGCGUCUUCACGACAAGGAGGCCAUUGUGAGAGUACAGGCUGUGAUUGGGUUGACGCGGCUGCUCGAGAUGGGCGUCACCUCUGAGAGUGAUAAUGAAUAUGAUGAGGAUGAGGAUGAGGAGCAGUCGGGCACUGUCGAGCUUCUCAUCGAGAUUAUGCAGAACGAUCCCAGCGCAGAUGUCCGUCGAACUAUCCUCUACAACCUCUCGCCGACGCCUAGCUCGAUGCCUUACCUCCUCGAACGGUCCCGCGACGUUGAUCCGGCAACGCGGCGCGCGGUGUUCAACCGUCUCCUCCCGUCGCUGGGCGACUUCCGCCACCUCUCGAUCGGCAUGCGUGAGAAACUGCUGCGAUGGGGUCUGAACGACCGCGACGAAUCGGUGCGGAAGGUGGCAAAGCACAUGUUCAACUUCCGCUGGGUUGACGAUGCUGGCGGCGAUCUCCUGGAGGUCCUCGAGCGGCUCGACGUGGCCAACGAGAGCAUCGAGGGCGGUCCAAAGUACAUGGCGCUCCGCGGCUUCUGGGAGAACCGGAAAGAUGUCCUGGCAGACCUUACGUUCGACGAUAGCUUCUGGGAUAACCUUACGGUCGAGGGAAGUUUUCUGGCUCGCAGCUUCAACGAUUACUGCCGCACUACGUCGCCGCAGGAGGCUAAAAGUCUCGAUGUGGAUUCACGCAUGCCCGAAGUCACGAAGUUGGCGACGUACAUGCAGAAGUACAUCAACAAACUGGUCAUGGCGCUCAAGAACGAGGACAAUGAGGCGUCGGAUCUAGAGUUCAUCGUUCAGCAGCUGCUGCUCAUCGCCAUGACUAUGGACUACGGAGACGAAAUUGGCCGCAGACGGAUGUUUGCGCUUCUCCGGGAAUGUCUAGGGAUCAUUGAGCUGUCGGAGCCGGUGACGAAGUUGAUCGUCAAGGGAAUCCGGAAGCUGUCGACCGGAGAGAGCGACUUCUGCUUGCUCAUCCUCGAAGUCAUCGCCUCGGUGCACGAUAUCAUCGCCGAGGAUGAGGACGACGAGGACGGAGCGCAGAGCUUCCACUCGGCGCACAGCGACCCCGACGGCGCAGUCGCAAUCGAGGACUCUAUGACUUCUCGCCCUGGCGCAUCUCGUCCGGCACCCGCACCCGCAGCACCCGCACAAAAGUCAAAGAAGCGGAAGCUCGAGCGGUCCGAGGACGACGACAAUGUGGAUGAGGUGGAGAUGAUGGAUGUAGAUGAGGACGCAGGAGAAGACGACGAGGCGGAGCUGGCCAAAACGAUGAAGGAGCUCACCGUCAACUUGAAGUGUCUACACAUCGCGCAGUGCAUGCUGGAGAAUGUCAUCGGCGGCCUGAAGAGUAAUACUCAUCUCGUCACUAUGCUUAACGGACUGGUCGUUCCGGCUGUGCGCUCGCAUGAGGCGCCGGUCAGAGAGGGCGGUCUCAGGUGCUUGGGACUCAGCUGUCUUCUUGAUAAGACAUUGGCAGAAGAGAACCUGACGCUCUUCGCACAUUGCUUCAACAAAGGGCACGAAAAGCUGCAGAUCGAAGCUCUUCACAUCAUCUCGGACAUUCUCCUCACGCACGGGGCUGCACUCCUCACCAGCGAGAAUUGUAGUGUGGAGCAACGGCAGUUAUAUAAGAUGUUAGCUAAAGCCACGAAGAUGGACGAGUACGAGGAAGUACAGGCCACCGCUGUCGAAGUCAUCUGCAAACUGAUGCUUGCGCAAGUCAUCCGAGAAGAAGAACUCCUCAAAGUCCUGGUAACCUCGUACUUCGACCCGGCCACAGUCGGCAACCAGUCCCUCCGGCAAACGCUCUCCUACUUCCUGCCGGUAUUCUGCCACUCGGCGAGCAGCAACGCGCUGAUGAUGGCGCGGAUAACCGUAGCGGAGUUCCACCACCUGCUCACGCUGCGCGCGACGCUCGACGACGGCGAAGACCAGGACAUGGUGUCGCCGACGCUGAUCGGCGCGCACUUCAUCGACUGGACGGACCCGCGCAAGGCGUCGCCCGCCGUCAAGGAGCGCGAGUACACGCAGCACGCCAUCGUCGCCUGCGACGCUCUGGAGCGCAUCUGCUCGCAGGCCUGUCCGAAGGAGGAGCGCAAACUCCUCGUCCUCGCCCUCAUCGCCAAGUGUCACAUCCCUAAAGAGGCCGGGAAGGAGCUCCUGAAGGACGUCUAUGAACGCGUCACGGAGGCUAUCGAUGGGAAGGUGGUCGCUGAGGCUGCGGCUAGGAACGCGCUCGCGAAGGUGGAGUCUUCCGUGGGUAAGUUGCUGGCGGAGCUGCUGGAGGAAGAGGGCGGAGACCCGGAUCAGACGGUCAUUCAUGGGCGUGGCGAUGAUGGGCACGAGGAGGAGGAGGAGGACGAGGAGCAGGAGGUGGAUAUGACGAUCGUUCCCGAGCCCGUUAGGGGCGGCGAGGAGGAUGAAGAGUUACCUAUCGCCGACGAGGGCGUGCGGACGGCGGACGAGGACGAAGAGGAGCAGGAGGAGAGGGAGGCUACACCGGCCGUUACGGAGGAUGAGGGCGACGACGAGUGAUGCGUGCGUACGAUAUCCGUGAGAAUGAAUGGAGUGGUGAUCUGAUCUGUCUGUCUGUCUGGUUUACGAUGAUGGUUGUGGUUGUGGUUGGGGGCUUUCUUCUUGGGCAAUGUUUGAUUUUCGAAUACGAAUUGAGUUGGUCGGAAUGAGAUCACCCCUUUGAUGUUUGGAUGAAGUGAUUUCUAACUUCCGAGAGUGAUGUGACAUAUCGGAUAACCUGGUACAUGAGUACCUAUCAGCCACCUGGAGAUGGUGGGCAAUGAAUGAGAUAGGAAUUGUUUCUGUAGAUUCAAUUGACUUUCCAAGUGACG